AUGAAAGGACAAGUAAUUCGUUACUCUGGUGAAAAUUACUUGAUGGGUAUUCCAACCCAUGACGAUUUAGUCACAGAAAACAAUGAAGGAAUAAUGACAAUUCUUGAAGAUGCUCUAUCUAAGCAUCAAGAUAUUCCAUUUAUGGCCAUUGAUAUGGAAGAGUCCACUAAAUUCACAAAUGGUCAAGCCUGGUAUGUAUUGCGUCUCUAUAGCCCUCUUAUCAAUAGUCAGAAAGCAGUUGUUUCAAUAACGGGAAUUCAAGUCUUUUUUGAUAUUCUUGUACCAGAAGAUGAGUCUCCCAAUUUGUUUAAAACAAAAAUAAGGGCCAUUCUCUCUGGUAAAAUAAAAUGGUUAAAUAGAACAUAUAAAGGCAUAUCCAUUUCGUGGUUAUCAUCCCAAUAA